AUGGUCGAGUAUCUCAGAUGGAUGGGGCAACAGGAUGACAAUACUCCAAUUUCAAAGUUAUCUAUUCCUGGAACACACAAUAGUGCUGCGUGUCACAUUGCUCUACCCUCCGUCAAGUGCCAAGACCACACUGUUUCGACUCAAUUGAAGAAUGGUGUCAGAUUUUUCGAUAUCCGGCUGGGGAAGCAGUUUUUCAAGGACGACGUACAGGGCCAGUACCGUGGAAAAGACCUUCAGGUUAUCCACGGUAAAUUUCCUGUGCGUAUACCGCGGUCUUUGAAGUUCUCCUCAGUGUUGAACGAGCUCUUCAGUUUUCUGGAUCAAAACCCAAGUGAAACGUGCAUUGUGUCCAUAAAGCAAGAGGGCGAGGAUUUUACUGACAAUAAAUCGGAAUUUUCACAAUUCGUGUGGAGCACAUACAUCGAACCUUAUCAGGACCGUUGGUACCUGCAAAGCAACGUCCCACGUUUGUGUGACGCUAGAAACAAGAUCGUACUCUUCCGUCGUUUCAGUCUUAGUGAUAACUUUCAAGGUCAAGAUUACGGUAUUGAGGCUGCUUGGUGGCCCUUUAGUACUCCUAACGAGGAUUGUGGCUUGUUCCAAGUCCAAGACUUCUGUGAGCUCAAACAUGCUGAGAACAUCAAGGAAAAAACCGGAUACGUGAAGCAGUUUCUUCAGAUCGCUAUAAAUCACAAUAGCACUGCAGAUGCACCCCACAAAUUAUUUUUCAACUUCUGCUCUGGUGCAAACCUAUAUGAUACUGACUGCUGGCCUGAAAAAGUCGCUGAAGAAAUGCUCAGAAGCGGUCUUAAUAAUAAUCUCAAUCGGGGGUGCGGCAUAGUGAUUUUAGAUUACGCCGGCAAAGAUAAUUGGGCUCUUGUGCGCCAAAUAGUUGAUUCAAACUUCUGA